AUGGUGGGAGUGGCGGAUUUGCUGCUCAGGGGACUGCCGUUUGCUGACUUGGCUUCUACUAUCAGUGGCUCUCGAGCCUCCCUCGCAUCUAGAGGGGACGACGAUAUGACGAAACGGAAUGGAAUCGACAAGCAAGUCUUUGACACACUGCGGGACUGGAGAGGUUUCCUGUCGGACCCUGGCUUUGGGGGGAAUUUCCAAGUUGAACCACGUAACGGCCGUUCAUUCGCUGAUUCUGCAUCAUUUUUGGUUGGGCGGGCGAAGCCCUCGUUGGCAGUCAAAGUGUUGUGUGCGUUUGGUGCCCGCAAGAGACCGCUUGGUGUAGGAUGCUUCGUCGCGAACCUGGUCCGCCGCUUAGACGGCGACAGGGACUCGAAUGAUGGGCCCCUCAGCAGCACCUUGCUUAGUUUGUAUGCUCAUCUCACGCUGUCCUCGGAGUCCCUUCCGUCAUUUCGAAUUGACUCUUCUGUCCCCUGCCUAGAAGGCCUUGGCCAUACAGACACGCAUUUUGGCAAGCCCAGCUCGAACGGCUCGGACCUAGAGACUAUUGAAUUUUGGGAGCCGAAUGAUGGCAACUCCAAGCGUGGCAGUCAUGCUUCCUUCUCCAGGGCACACAUGACUAAGGAGGGAUUGAUGAAGCAAAGCUCUCCCACUUUUUCCUUCCUGCACGGCUGCCCAUCCAGCAGGUUUUUGGCGUGCUUAUCAGUCGAUGGCGAAGGGACAGGAGGCGGUAUUGCGUCGAUCUGGUCUAGGUACAGCACAGGUACGACGAGUAGCGGCCCUCAAGCAAACAUCCAGCCCCUCUUCGCUCCUGCUCCUUUUGUUAUUUCGUGUUUCUACAGCGAGCUUGUAAAGUUUAUGUUCCUCAAGGCACCAAGUGAGGCGAGACCCCGCGGCUUUGGGAUGAGCCCCCUCAAAGACUCCCGCGAGUGCCCCUCCCCAGGGUCCCUGCCAAAGUGGUGGGAGGAGCGGGAGGAGCAGAAAGAAGGGCUUGGCGUAGGAGAGACUGGGGACAGAAGAGGGACGAGAGGAAUGGUGGGUUGUGUCGGGCUUCAUGAGAUGGGACUGGGAGGCCGCCCCAUCUGGCCGCAGCACACCACCCCUCCUUAUGCCGUCCAUCCCACUUCACAUUCAAGGUACCAUUUCUUGGACUCGUCUCCGCCAAUGAGCCACGGGAACCGCACAGACUCCCGCACAACCCUGAAUGGCGGGCAUCAGAGUCUUAAUAUGAGCCUCUAA